CCUUGACCUACCACAACACUCGAUGCUCUGUUCCCCGUUGGAUCACGGGUAAAACCCUCUUCCUAGGUUUUCCACGCAACUCCGACGGCGAUGGGCGGCGCCUCCAGGCUCCUUCUCAUCCUCAGCACACCGUUUCCUCGCCCUCCAGCCCUCCGCUUCGUCCGCCAUCCCGCCUUCUCGUACGCCUCCGUUUCCUCAGUUCACUGCCGCCGUUUCCUGCCCUCCCCCGCCCGCCUUCGGCUUGGUUUCUCCUCUUCCGCUGCCUCCGUGCAGCUCCCUUACCAGGCCGCAUGUGCCAGGGACGGCUUCAGUGAGACCCUGGUCUCGACGCCCACUUUCCUCGCAAAUGCUUUUCACCCAUGGCCGGAGUGGUCCAAUCUUCUGGAUUAUCUGCGAAACGCUGGUUAUUUUAGCAAUCAGGCGCCUUUGGCCAUUGGGGAUGACGAUGAUUCGCUUGUGACCGGAGAAUAUUUAACAGAGGAGUUGGUGAAGACUGCCCAAGCCUGCCUUUCCUUUGCUAGAGAUCGAUCUCAUUUUAUAAGGUUCCUUAACAAAAAGGAUAUUGAGAUUAUAGUGGAGAAUGGCUCACCGUUCCUGUUUAAAAAUGGUGCACAUUCAACAAGGCGAUUGCAAUCAUUCCUAAGGGCUGAUGGAGCUGAGGCACAGGAUUCUGAGGUGGCUCAAACUGUUGAUAUUAUGAGAUAUUUAGUGAGCUUUGCUUGCAAUAUUCAUGCCACUAGUGAUGCAAAUUCCUUAAGAAAUAGAGACCUUGUUUGUGGAUCUACACGAACUCUAUCGGCCGAGCUAGUGAAUCUGGUUGUCAAUGGUCCAGGAUUUGGGUUAAAUGAAGCAGUUCAUGGACAUAAUGUUAUGGGACAUGAUCAAUUCCCAAGACCUACUGGACAAAAUGUCCAGAUGAAAAGAGGCGACUGGAUUUGUCCAAAAUGUACUUUCAUGAACUUUGCAAGAAAUGUAAGAUGUCUUGAAUGCAAUGAAUCUCGGCCAAAAAGGGUUUUGACAGGUGGAGAGUGGGAGUGUCCUCAAUGUGAUUUCUUCAAUUAUGGACGAAAUAUGUCAUGCCUAAGGUGUGACUGCAAACGCCCUGUAGCAACCCCAUUGGAGACAGAACAUUCUGCUGAGCAGAUCCUUAAUAGAAGUGGCAUUGACAAGUCUGAAAUUGAGCGGAAGCUAGCUGCCAAUGAUGAGAAGACUGAAAGAUGGUUCAAUAAAAUGUCCCAGUUAAAUGAUUCUGCAGAUUUGAGUGAUGCAGUAGCUGAUGAAGAUUUCCCCGAGAUCAUGCCCAUGCAAAAGGGGAUGAACAGAUUUGUUGUCAGCACAAGAAAAACACCUCUGGAACGAAGGUUGGCUAAUAACCAGAACAACGGCCGGACUAAUUCAAGUUCUUCAGAGGGCAAUCAACUACAGCAAGGUGCUUCAGUUGGGAUGGGUUCUCAUAAAACUUAUGAUUCUGUAAUCAGUGAGACACUUGACAGGAUAUUUGGUCGCACCUCCACAUCAUCAUCAGGAGAGAAGCCUGUGAGUGCAGGAGGGAUUGAUUCUGGAUCUGGAAAUAGAUCCAGCUUUUCAGAAUAUAAGGAUCAAUUGGUCAACCACAGGACAGAUCCUGACUAUGUGCCAUUUGUGCCUUUACCUGAAGAUACAUUUGCUAAACCUCAAAAGGGGCAAUCAUCAAAUUCAGAAGGCCCAAUUCCCAUCGAGUCCAGACAGACAAGUGAUUCUUUGCCAAAGGGGACUGAGAGCUCAGCUGAGGGAAAGGGAAGUGAGUAUUCUGAUUCUUCCAAAAGCUUUACAAAAGUUUCAGAGCUUGAUAAUCAGGCAAAUGCAGCAUAUAAUCAGGCAAAUGCAGCAUUGGACAACUUUCCAGAAAUCAUGCCAUUGCGAAAAGGUGAGAAUCGGUUUGUAGUCAGCAAAAAGAAGGACCGCUCUUUAUCAUCGCCACAAUACAAGAGGCGGGUAGCAAUGGAGCAAGCCAAUAAUUCAAAUUUUGUUCCUUUUGUUCCUUUUCCUCCAGACUAUUUUGCAAAGAAAGAUAAACAGCCAGAAGUUUCUAAGCCAGUAGCUUCUGCAUCUGAAGGGUCCUCGGCACUGGGCGAACACCCUCUUAGUGUGAAUGAGAAGUCCAAACAGGCUGAUGGAAAUACAACAAAUUGGUCUUCCACUCAGACUUAUCAUGAGUCUUCAAACAUGAACUCUUCUAAAAUGAACUCGAACAAUUAUGAAGUUAAUCCGCCAAACACUAAAACUUCUUAUUCAGCAGGACUGCCAAAUAACUCCAGAUAUCCGGGUGAUCAUUCGUGGAACCAAUAUAACGGUCCCAACAUUUCUGCUAGUCCUCAGCAAACAGAACUUUCUGGGAGCACCAACGAAGGCUGGAAACCAAACUUCACUGGUAAGAGUUUAGAAGGAUCAUGUGUCACAGAACCUGAUCCUCUUGACAUGUCAGAGGAGGCAAAGGCAGCAAGAUGGUUUCGGAGAGCUGCUCAAAUUAAGGACAUCUCAGAACUCAGCAACAUUCCGGAUGAAGAUUUUCCAGAAAUAAUGCCGAUGAGAAAAGGGGUCAACCGAUUUGUUGUAAGCAAAAGGAAGACACCAUUGGAAAGGAGGUUGACAUCUCCCCAAUACAGAAGAAACCUUCCUAUUAUUAAAUCUGAACCAGAUAAAGAUGCCAACGAAUAAGCCUGCAUCAAAAAAUUUCUGCUCUCUUGGCAAAAAAAUAAUCAGGUCUCGUAAAUUUUCUUUAGCAUAUUUUUUAGUCAGAGGAUGUGCAUCUGUUGUUAUGGUAUAAAAACUCUUAAAGUCAUUAAGUGAUUCAAAGGUUUCAUAAUUUAGUAGCUCUUACAGGGCUGCUCAUAUAUGCAGUGUGCUGUGUAGGUUGGGCAUCACUUCUUUGGUGGAACUAGCAGUAGCAUAACACUCCCUUUCACUGAUAGUUACAUGCAUAGAUGUUGCUUUGAUUUGAAAAGUUUUAUUAGUGUUUAGUGUUAUGUACUGAAGUCAACCACCUUUUUUUGGGCACUGAAGCGUAUAAUAAUUAUAUGCUUGUGGUGGUUGAUCUUGCAAUUUGUCUGGUAAUAUUGUUGUAAUAAUUAUAUGUUCAGAUAAUAGCAGAUGAAAGGGGGAAAUAAAACCCCUGCCAAGAGAUUUGUUUCUA